GUACAGAUCGGGCACCACCUGCUGGAACUCACAGACUCAGCUGGCAACGCAUCCGGGCCCUGCAUCCCGAAUGAUGACUGCAGAAUCGCGGGAGGCCGCGGGUCUGUCCCCCCAGGCCACCCAGGAGAAGGAUGGGAUCGUGAUCGUGAAGGUGGAAGAGGAAGACGAGGAGGACCACGGGUGGGGUCAGGACACACCCCCGCCUGACCCGGAAGUCUUCCGGCAACGCUUCCGGCACUUCUGCUACCAGAACACUUUCGGGCCCCGCGAGGCGCUGCGUCGGCUGACGGAGCUUUGCCGCCAGUGGCUGCGGCCCGAGAUCCACACCAAGGAGCAGAUCGUGGAGCUGCUGGUGCUCGAGCAGUUCCUGAGCAUCCUGCCGCGGGAGCUGCAGGCCUGGCUGCAGGAGUACCGACCCGACAGCGGGGAUGAGGCCGUGACCCUUCUAGAGGACUUGGAGCUGGACUUGUCGGGCCAGCAGGUUCCAGGGCAGGUCCACGGGCCCGAGAUGCUGGCCAGGGGCAUGGUAGCGCUGGAGCCAGUGCCUGAGUCCGUGACCUUCGAUCUUCACCAGGAUGCUCUGCAAACUCGAGUCAAGCAUUCAACCCGAAAGCGCCUGAUGCAGUCCCGGGCCCUCCCUAUGCCCCAUACUCCUGCCUCCCACCUGGAGGGAGGUCCCAGACACCAGCCGAUGGCACCCACGCUGUUCUCAGCAGACUCUCAGGCAAUGGUGAAGAUUGAGGACAUGGCUGUGUCUCUCAUCCUGGAAGAAUGGGGCUGCCAGAGCCUGGCCCGAAGCGGCCUCAGUGGGGGCCACCAACAAGCGAGUCUUGGGAACGCCUUCUCCCCAGACUGUGAGAGCAGCCUCGAGGUCCAGGAGUCCAUCUCCAAAGCUGAAGUUGCCCAAGAUACUGCCACAUCACGGGGGGAGCCCACCGGAAGAUUCCAGAAGGAAUUGGAAGAUAAACGCGAUGCACUGGGCCGCGGAGAAAGGCAACCAAGGAACCCAACGGACCCAACUGGAAAAGACAAGAAUGACUCAGGGCCAACCAUGUUCCGGGAGAAAAAGCCGAGCACCAGUGAGCAGGGCCCACGAGAGAAGGGCAAAGGCCUGGGCCGGAGCUUCAGCCUGGGCUCCAACUUUGGGGGUCCCGGGGGUGCACCCGCAGGCACCAAGACCCACCGUUGUGAAGAGUGUGGCAAGUGCUUCACCAGGAGCUCCAGCCUCAUCCGCCACAAAAUCAUCCACACGGGCGAGAAGCCGUAUGAGUGUGGUGAGUGCGGAAAGGCCUUCAGCCUCAACUCUAACCUGGUCCUCCACCAGCGCAUCCACACGGGCGAGAAGCCCCACGAGUGCGGCGAGUGCGGCAAGGCCUUCAGCCACAGCUCCAACCUCAUCCUGCACCAGCGCAUCCACUCGGGCGAGAAACCGUAUGAGUGCCGUGAGUGUGGCAAGGCCUUCAGCCAGAGCUCGGACCUCACCAAGCACCAGCGCAUCCACACGGGCGAGAAGCCCUACGAGUGCAGCGAGUGCGGCAAGGCCUUCAACCGGAACUCCUACCUCAUACUGCACCGGCGCAUCCACACCCGCGAGAAGCCCUACAAGUGCACCAAGUGCGGCAAAGCCUUCACCCGCAGCUCCACGCUCACACUGCACCACCGCAUCCACACCCGGGAGCGUGCUGCCGAGUAUGGCCCUGCUACGCUCGAUACCUUCGGCGCCUUCCUGAAAGGCUGCGUAUAGAGCCUGGGCUGGCCACGCAUGCGUGUGUGUAUUUGUGGGUAGGUGGGGGAACAAACAGUUGCCCCGUCCACCCCCCUCACUUUGGUUUAGAAAUUGUUUUCAGAGCUAUGUGGCCUCUCCCUCCCUGAUCAUCCCUGAAAGAGAGGGCGAAAAACAAGUAACACAACAAUAAAUGAAACGGCCUCAACCGAUAAAGCAAGAAAAGUCGGGGCUAAGGAGCCUGGCUGUACCAUUUCCUGCUGCCUCUGCAGAGUUGGGGGUGCAUGGGGUCUCUUCAGGGAGAAGGCAUUCCCGGGUCUCCUGGCCCAAUGCUUCUGCCUGCCAUUCAACUGUAUACAUACACACAUGCACACAUGGGAAAACGCCCCACUUUUCAGUCAUGAGGAUUUCAGAGGGGCCCCACCAGGCCUUGAACAGUGACAGGAGGAUGGAGAUUGGGGCUGGGGGGGCCACUGGGCUUGAGAAGCUGCAAUUCAACCCUCCCUGGCCAACAUCUCGCCAGACCAUCAUUCCCAGACACAGAGGGACUGAGAAAAGCCACAUCAUUACUUGCUGCUCCAACUAGCCUAGACGUCAUGGCCUGUUGGCUCUCAGCCUCAGGUAUACUGACCGGUAUCCAACCAAAGAUUUCCAACUCUCCCUGGACCAGAAGUGUGCAGGCCCGAGUCUGCAUUUCCAAAGGUCUGCAACACUGGCAGAUUUCUGCCUUUAUCUUGAGAUUGCGGCCUUUCCUGUCUCCAACUUCUCCAAAGCAUCCUCCACACCCCAUCGUGCAACUCCUCACAUGUUAGUAUGUGACUAGUCUCUUUGAAACCCUGAUUAUCCUUGUGCAAAUUUUCAUCACACACAAAGAUGCUUUGAUCACUUAUUUUGUCUCAACAUGCUAGGUACUUGUGCCUAACUUCUCGCCAGCAGAUCUAUCCCCUCAAUGAGGAAGCUCUGUACCCCAAGAAUCUGGAAUUUCAUUGUCACCCCCUUCCAAAGAACACAUCAGAGUCUGAGGCAAGUUUUCUCUUAAGACAUGAAGAUCAAGACUUGACUUUAGCAACCAGCAGAGAUGUUCUAAAUAGAUGGGCAAGGAGAAGGGAGCUUGAGUUUCAGAAAUUCCUCUAUUGUUCACAUCUUUAAGAAACAGGAAUACAGGCUAAGGCUUUGACAUCGAUGACUGAGAUAUCUGAAUUCUCGUCUGCCUCGGCACUGGCAGGAUCCUUGGUGACUUUUGACAAGGUCUCCCCUAAAUGGGUUAUACUGGGGUGGGGAGAAGAAGCUUUUCCAGGAAGAGACAAGAAGCCUUUGUCGCAGCAUGUGCAGGAACUUGGCAAGAGCAUUUGCCAUUACCACAGACAGCUGCUUUGUGAGGUUCCACCACGUGUCUAGAUGUGGCUGGUCUCCUGCCUGCAUGUCCUGGGCAAGAGAUAGGUUACUCCUGUUACCAGUGCAGGAGGCUCAGUUAUGUGGAGGUAACACUGGUGACCUUGCAGCCGCAUAAACAAGAGAUCCAUUUGUCUCACCCAGGCCAGCAGGAGCAGGCAACCUGCAGGAUCUCAGGACAGAGUUGGCAUCGGGAAACAACCAUGGCCUGUUCAUUCGUUCAUUGGCUGUCACUAAUUGACAGCUCCCAAGAACCAGUAUGGCUAUAUGAGGAGCCAGUGAAGGUGGGGCAGCCACAGCAACCCCCAGCUUCCCUCCAGCUUCUAUGAAGCUUACAGGAUUGCCUGGAAGAGCUCCCAGGAGGCGGACUCAUGCCCAUUUUUCUUUCUGUCCAGCUUCAGAAUAGGAGAAACCCUCUGGCAGAGGUUCCACAGUAACCACAGCAAGAUAGAGAACAAGAGGUGCUUUAGGGGGUCCCAUUGCCCUGAAGUAAGACAGACAAUAGCUUAUGCUUUGGAGCAAAGGCCUUUGCUGCUCAGGAAGCAGCCAAACCCAUCCUAACACUGGGCUUGGCUCUGCAAGAGCAAAUGAACUUUCAGGCUCUUCCACCCCUGGUCUGGGCUCCAACCUGAAGCGGACAGUUUCGUCAUCCAGAAAGCCAAUAAAGCUGCUGUCCCUUUC